AUUUUAAUAUUCGUCUGUAGUGCUAAUAUGUAUUGUGAUGUGAAUGUUUGUGGCUUUUGUUAAUUUACAAAUUACAUUUCAUGAUUUUUACAUUUUUAUUUUAUACUGUAAAUCAAUUGUUUCUUCUUUUUACUAUUAAAUUACACGUGAACAUAUAAUUGUAAAUUUUUAAUAUAGAAAUGUGUGACAGUGAUGAUCCCGGCGAGCACAGCCGCUCAGAAAUGGAUUUGACUGGAUUUUUAUUUGGAAAUAUUGAUGAGAGAGGGCAACUAGAGGAUGAUGGGCUGCUAGAUGGUGACUCUAAGCGAAUGCUUUCUUCUCUGACGCGGUUGGGACUUGGAUCAAUGCUUUCUGAAGUUUUAGAAACGGAAGAUGCAGUCAAAGAUGAUGAAGAAAAAGAUUAUACAGAAAAAAGUCCAUCUGCUGUUGACUUCUUUGAUAUAGAUGAUGUUGCCGAAGACUUGAAAGAGGUAGAGAUAAGCACUAACCAAGAAGCACCUGAAGACACAGAAGUAAAAACAGAGGUAACGGACACAGAGACACCAAAAAAUGAUAAGACUCCUGAGGUAGACACUUUGAGCGAUUGUCCACAGAAAGAAGAUGAGGUGGCAAAUGAAGAUUGGACUGGUGAAUCAUUUGUUGAAAGUUCACAACCAACAAAUGAUGAAGGCUAUGAAGGUGACAUGGAAGGAGAUGGCGGUCUUAUGCCACCACCCUCUACUAUUCCGCAAGCUAAAAAUGAUAAACCCAAGAAACUAGAAACUCCAUUAGCUGCUAUGUUACCUUCCAAAUAUGCAAAUGUUGAUGUUACAGAGCUGUUUCCAGAUUUCAGACCAGACAAAGUGUUGUUGUUCUCACGACUCUUCGGGCCGGGAAAGUUGUCCAGCUUACCACAGAUAUGGCGUGGUGUGAAAAAGCGUAGACGGCGCAAGCGAAGUGGAAGCACAAGCAGUGAUACACCUGUACAACCCGAGAAUCAAGAGACUCAGUACGCUAGUGAUGACGAGGAGAAGUUUCUUAAACCAAUGGAGGAAAAUCAGCAGUCAUCAAACGAAACGUCUACCCAAGGUACUGGCGACAAGUCGCAACGACCAACUCCUGCUCAUUGGCGGUUUGGGCCCGCCCAGGUUUGGUACGACAUGUUGAAUGUGCCCGAAACCGGCGAUGGGUUCGAUUAUGGCUUUAAACUUAAGCCACCGUCUCCUGAGCGCGAUGAAAAAGAAGAUGUAAAAGUACAAGAAAAUUCAAAUGCAGACAGCCCUGACAGUGGAUUUCCUGACGAUGCUUUCUUGAUGGUCUCCCAAUUGCAAUGGGAGGAUGAUGUUAUAUGGGAUGGAAGCGAAAUUAAACACAAGGUGCUGGCUCGUUUGAACAGUAAGAGCAACGCGGCCGGCUGGGUGCCGACGUCGGUGAGUCGCACAGCGCAGCAGUUCUCGCACCCAAGGCCGCAGGCGCCUGCGCCGUUGCAGGCAAAACCACCCACAUCUGCGGCGUCUACAUCUAAUUCUCAGUCUGGUGCUACACCUGGUGAAGGCGAAGAUAAUACUUGGUACAGUAUAUUCCCUGUUGAAAAUGAGGAGUUGGUGUAUGGCACAUGGGAGGAUGAGGUCAUAUGGGAUGCAGAGAGUAUGAAUAAGAUACCAAAACCUAAGAUCUUGACUUUGGACCCCAAUGAUGAAAAUAUAAUUCUAGGAAUACCUGAUGAUGUAGACCCAUCAAAAAUAACUAGAGAACGAGGGCCUGCUCCUAAAGUAAAGAUUCCACAUCCACACGUGAAGAAGUCAAAGAUAUUGUUGGGAAAAGCUGGUGUAAUCAAUGUGUUGCAAGAGGACGCACCUCCGCCUCCACCGAAAUCACCUGACAGAGAUCCAUUGAAUAUAUCUAAUGAUGUAUACUACCAACCAAAAUCUCAGAAUCCUCGUCUGAAAGUGGGUGGUGGUCAGCUAAUCCAGCACAGCACCCCAGUCGUAGAACUUCGUGCUCCAUACAUACAACCUCACAUGGGGCCAGCGAAACUGCGCGCAUUCCAUCGACCAGCACUCAGAAAAAUGUCUUAUGGACCCCUGGCUUCACCUGGGCCUCACCCCGUGCAGCCAUUGUUGAAAUAUAUUAAGAAGAAAGCUAAGCAACGUGAAGCUGAACGUUUGGCAUCAGGCGGUGGUGACGUAUUCUUCAUGCGCACUCCAGACGAUCUAAGCGGUAGGGACGGUGAGCUGAUAUUGGUGGAAUUUUGUGAAGAACAUCCACCUCUCAUUAGUCAAGUUGGCAUGUGCUCCAAGGUCAAGAACUAUUACAAAAGAACCGCCACAAAGGACGCCGGGCCGAAACCAUUAAAGUAUGGCGAGGUGGCAUACGCCCACACUUCGCCAUUCCUCGGUAUUUUGAUGCCGGGCGCCACGCAGCCCGUCAUCGAAAACAACAUGUACCGUGCGCCAAUCUAUGAGCACACGCUACCGCAGACUGAUUUCCUUGUUAUCAGAACCAGGCAAGCAUAUUACGUACGAGAGGUCGAUGCCUUGUUUGUCGCCGGACAAGAAUGCCCGCUGUAUGAAGUUCCUGGUCCUAAUUCCAAAAGAGCUAACAAUUUUGUUCGAGAUUUCUUACAAGUUUACAUUUAUAGGCUGUUUUGGAAGUCCAAAGAUAACCCUCGUCGUAUCAAAAUGGACGAUAUAAAGAGGGCUUUUCCAUCACAUUCCGAGAGCUCAAUCCGAAAGAGACUAAAGUUGUGUGCAGAUUUUAAGAGAACAGGACAAGAUUCAAACUGGUGGGUGAUAAAGCCAGACUUUCGGUUACCAUCCGAAGAGGAGAUCCGGGCAAUGGUCUCCCCAGAACAAUGCUGCGCGUACUUCAGUAUGGCGGCCGCUGAGCAAAGACUGAAAGAUGCAGGGUAUGGAGAGAAGUUUAUAUUUACACCACAGGAAGACGAUGAUGAAGAAAUGCAGUUGAAGAUGGAUGAUGAGGUAAAAGUAGCGCCCUGGAAUACAACUCGUGCGUACAUACAAGCAAUGCGCGGCAAGUGUCUCCUUCAAUUGACGGGUCCCGCCGAUCCCACCGGCUGUGGUGAAGGGUUCUCCUAUGUGCGUGUGCCCAACAAACCCACUCAGCAGCCCAACGAGGAGCAACAGCAGAAGCGAACUGUCACUGGUACAGACGCUGACUUGAGGAGGCUCAGCUUGAAUAAUGCUAAAGCUUUACUGCGAAAGUUCGACGUGCCGGAAGAAGAGAUCAAGAAAUUGUCUCGAUGGGAGGUUAUCGAUGUAGUUAGAACGUUAUCGACGGCCAAAGCGAAGGCAGGUGAAGAGGGAAUGACGAAAUUUUCGAGAGGAAACAGAUUUUCCAUCGCUGAACAUCAAGAAAGGUAUAAAGAGGAGUGUCAACGUAUAUUUGAUCUGCAAAAUCGCGUUUUGCAAAGUACAGAAGUGUUGAGUACUGAUGAAGCGGAGAGCUCUGUGAGCGAGGAGUCUGAUUUAGAAGAGAUGGGCAAGAACAUAGAAAAUAUGUUAGCCAAUAAGAAAACUACGGAACAGUUAUCACUAGAAAGAGAGGAGGCAGAAAGAGCGGAACUUAGAAAAAUGAUUUUAGGACAGUCAGAAAAGAAACCACAAAUUAAUCAAGCUGACCAGCAACAGUCUUCGAAUCAAGGUCGCGUACUCCGAAUCGUUCGUACAUUCCGCAAUACGUCAGGGCAACGCUAUACUCGCGUGGAACUAGUUCGGAAAGCGGCCGUCAUUGAAGCAUAUACUAAAAUACGUUCCACCAAAGAUGAAGCUUUUAUCAGACAGUUCGCCACAAUGGACGAGACGCAGAAAGAAGAGAUGAAACGAGAGAAGCGAAGAAUACAGGAACAAUUAAGACGUAUAAAGAGAAAUCAAGAAAAAGAAAGACUAGCUGGAAAUGUUUCAGUACCUGGUUCAUUCCCGGGCGAUAGUAACAUGUCGUCUGGAGAUUUGAGUUCGCCUUCCCCAGGUCUAAUACCCUUAGGUCAAAUCAAGCAAGAACCCGAUUUGCAUACGCCCUCACGGCGCCGCGCUAAAUUGAAACCGGAUUUGAAAUUGAAGUGUGGUGCAUGUGGACAAGUGGGACAUAUGCGGACGAAUAAGGCGUGUCCGCUGUACACCGGCGCGGCGGGCAGUGGGCCAGCCUCCCCACCCGACCUGGACAGUGAAGCGCCGCCAGAGCCUGAUGAUGAUGAUUUGGGUUACGUUGACGGCACCAAGCUCACAUUGCCUACCAAAAUCAUCAAGCAAUCAGCGGAAGAGAUGAGGCGUCGUGGUAGUGGGUCCCGCCGCGGAGAUUUCCGUUCGGGUGGUGGUUUUGGUAUGGGGGGUAUGGGGGCUCGUGGCAAGCGACGCGGCGGGGCGAACGAGGCUUGUGACUAUUUGGUGCGACGGCCGGCUGAGCGACGCCGUACCGAUCCGCUUGUUACGCUCUCCUCAUUGCUCGAGGACGUGCUCAACCAUAUGCGCCAUCUUCCCGAUGUGCAGCCCUUCUUGUUCCCUGUUAACUCAAAGAUGGUGGCUGAUUAUUAUCGUAUAGUGUCACGUCCAAUGGAUCUACAAACGAUCAGGGACAAUCUACGACAGAAGCAUUAUCAGAGCAGGGAAGACUUCUUAGCUGAUGUUAACCAAAUAGUUGAGAACUCGACACUUUACAAUGGUCCAACAAGCAGUCUCACAGUAGCGGCGCAACGGAUGCUACAACGUUGUGUCGAAAAGUUGGCUGAGAAGGAGGAACAAAUAAUUAAAUUGGAGAAACAAAUCAACCCGUUAUUGGAUGACAAUGACCAGGUGGCGCUGUCAUUCAUAUUUGACAAUCUACUGACUACAAAACUAAAGGUAAUGCCAGAAGCCUGGCCGUUCCUGAAACCGGUCAACAAAAAACAAGUUAAGGAUUACUACAGUGUUAUAAAGAAACCAAUUGAUAUGGAGACUAUGGGUAAAAGGAUUCAAGCUCACAAAUAUCACAGUCGCGAAGAGUUCUUACGUGAUAUACAAUUACUUGUGGACAAUUGCCGUGCAUACAACGGCCCUAAUUCGCAAUUUACAAGGCAAGCCGAAGAGAUACUGAGAGUAACACAAGAAGCGUUAGAACAGUUUGGCGAGAAUGUGAGUCAAUUAGAAGCAAAUAUUGCUCGUGUGCAACAAAAGAUGUUGGAAGAUGCCGAGCAUUCGGAUUUGGAGCCAGAAGAACCGCCGCCACCGUCGGACGAGAAACGCGGUAGAGGCCGCCCUAGGAAACACAAGCCGUCCACAUCAACCGCUACUAGUGAUGGUGCUACUCCCAGGAAGCGCGGUAGACCAAAGAAGGAUCAAAAUAGCUUGGAAGAAGAUUUACAGUAUUCUGAUAGCGGUAGUUCAGAAUUAGAAGAGGUGGAACAGAAAGAUGCUGCUGAAGCCAUGGUACAAUUGUCCGUGCGUCCUGAGGAUGAUGUUCCACCAAGCGAUGUGCCUUUCGACACGUCCGAGUUCCUGAUCAAACGAGAGGUGCCAGACGAGCCCCCGCAGCCGUCCGAUGAUCUUGUGGACCUCGACCAGCAUACCUCCGAUUAUACAUAUCCACCUGUUGUUAAGGAGGAACCUAUUGAGCCAGACAUGAAUAUGGAUCCGCCGUCCAUUAUGGAUGGCCCAUCGAUAGAGCCGCCGCAAUUCAAAGAGGAACCACCAGAAAACUGGCAGCCGGAUCCGGCCAUACAAGAUGAUUUGCAAGUAACAGAUAGCGAAGAAGAAGCCGAAGAUGGACUGUGGUUUUAAAUGUAUUGUAUUAUAUAAAUUAACAAUUAUAUUGUAAGAUUUUAAAUGGAGAUGAAAUAUUAUGUAGAUUAAUAAUUGUUUUAUAAUGUAAUGAAAUAUAUAUUUAUGAUUUUUUUU